UUUGGUAGCAAGGAAUCCCAGGAAACUUCAGAAACCACCACUUACCAGCAAAACAUUACAUAUUCUUUAGUUCAGAGCCACGGUGGGGCUUUAUUCUAUCAAGGAAUCACUCUGCAGAAGUGGCAAGAGAGCACGCAAAAUAAUCUAGUGGCUAUAGACCGGUCUGGUGUGCCACUGCACUAUUUCCUCAAUCCAUCGAUGUUUCCUGAUCUUCCAGUUCCAACUUUACAUAAACUUGCCCUUUCAGUCCAACAGGCUGCAGCGCGUUACUACAACAUAAACACCAUUCCAGGAUGUGUAGAUCCAAAUUCCCCAAAUUUUAACUUUCAGGCUAAUGUUAACGACUCGUCCUGCAAGGGUCCAGUCACCAAUUUGACCUUUGGUGGUGUUUAUCAAAUAUGCACUCCUUCGGCGCAAGAUGGAAAAGUCAUCUGUGAUGAGCUUGCGCAAAAAAAUCCAGAUACUGGUGGCUAUAUGUGCCGUCAACCAUACAGUGCCUCAUUGUUACAC